UCAGAGACACGGGCUGAUAUAUGUGACACAACUGUCACUGCCAGGAAUCUCUUUCACCGUUGCUGCUUUACUGGGGCUCCCAAAAUGAGGAAGUUAUGCAGGGACCCCCCUCCUGUGCGAGAGCUGGAAGUACUUCUAGAAAACAGCAAAGGGGGUGCACACCAUGUGGAUGAAAUUAUACCAAACCUUUACCUAGGGGAUGUUGUGAUCGCCAGUGACAAAAAGAAGCUGAAGAAAAUGGGUAUCACCCAUAUCCUAAAUGCAGCUCAUGCUUCUUGGGAAUGCACUGGAGAUGGCAUUGACUACGGCCCUGACAUCCAGUAUUAUGGUAUUACUGCAGAAGAUUGUCCAGAAUUUAACAUGAGUAUAUAUUUUCGUCGAGGAGCAAAGUUCAUUCACCAAGCCCUCAGUACACCCAGUGGAAAAAUCCUUGUACACUGUGUUCUGGGGAAAAGCCGCUCUGCCACAUUGGUCCUGGCCUACCUAAUGAUCUAUCAAGGUUUCUCCUUAGCAGAUGCCAUCCGCCAUGUCUCUGAGCAUCGUCGCAUUGCGCCAAACCGUGGAUUCCUGCAGCAGCUGCAGCAACUUGAGAUGGAAUUGCAUUAUACUUUUUGGAGGUGCUCUAUGCUUUAAUAACAAAUAAGACAGGAACUCACAGUUACUGUAGAAAACUGUUUUUGGGUUAUCAUUACAAGGAUUUCUGCCAUUCUGUGGCAAAAUCUAAUUCUGGCUUCAUACAUAUUUGGAAUAUUAUUUUGGUUUUCUAUACAAAUGAAUCACAAUAUUACACUUUCAGAAAUAUCUAUUUAUACUAUGAUUUUUACCAAUUUCCUUGAUAUGUUUGUCCUAUGUUAUGUCAGGACCACCUGAGUCAGCAAAUGUACCACUAAGUUAUCAGGUUUGUAAUGACUAUUUAUAAUACUGCAUUUCUUGAGUUCAAAUAUUUAUAAUCUACUUUGAAAAAGCUUCACUUACAGUUCUCUUCUAAAAUGCUCAACACUAAACAAAAAACGUAUCUGCAAAUACUGUAUAAAAACAACAUUAUUUGUACAUUGUUCUUUGGAAACGAAUAUGAACUGCAUGGUAAAAAUAAAUU